AUGCCCGCAUCGGACAUUUGGUCUCAUCGAAACUCUUGGCCACCUACUCAGGUGCGCCUGGCUCGUUCGUCCUCAAACAAGAGCGAGCCACGUCCUCUUCUUGAAGAUAUUGACGAGAAUCCACUCACCUACUUUCUCACGCCUGCUCCGGAUAACAACGACGACCUCGACGACUUCAACGCCGACGAUAUGCUCUUUGAUGCUGGUAUCGAAGACUCUAACAGCCCAAAAGAAAUCGUCCGCUCAGUGAGCCCUUCGACCCUCGAUGGGCUAUCCAAACUCCGAGCCAAGACUGUCUCCCCAGAUUUUGAUUCCGAUGUCGUUACUACAGACGAGGAAGGUGACGAUGAAGACUAUAUUCGCUUCUCGCCUCCUAGCUCCUCAUUCCUCACCCCAUUCAGGAACAUAUCCGUGGAAAACUUCAAGCUUCGCUCCAAGAGCCCGCCAUUCGGUCGUGCCAACGGAUUCUUGUCUCCAGCGGCCUCAUUUCCCGCUCCGUCAUCUCCGCCUAGGGGUAGACCUCGUCAGGCACUUACCCGGAGUUACUCUGCUGGAAGUAGGCUGCCACCACGGGCACGACGGCUCUGGCGCGAGCCAAGUCCAGAUGUGUGGUCUAUUGAGGAAGAAACUGAGGAGGACUUAAUGGGCGUGUCGACUAAGACGCCCGCUUUUGCUCAGAAUGCUAUGGGUGUACAGAAGGAGGCUGCAAAGCCCAAGAAGAAGGUCCGAUUUCUGCUUCCACCGAGGGAGUAA